GCUCGCAUGAUAUCUCAGCCUAUAAAACCUGCUGUAGGGAAGCCUGAAGCUCACUGCAGUUACUGGUGUUCGUGUGAUAAUUUUCAAGGGUUAGGAAGAUCUCCAGGACUGUCGUGUCUUGCUCAGUAGGAAGAGAGAAGGUGCCUGCCCAACUGAAACAAAUGGAUGCCAUUCUGAGCUGCAGACCUGAAGACCUGGAAGAUUAUUACAGUUUGCUAGGAUGUGAUGAAUUAUCUACAGUUGAACAAAUCAUUUCCGAGUUCAAAGUCCGAGCACUUGAGUGUCAUCCUGACAAGCAUCCUGGAAACCCUGAAGCUGUGGAGAAUUUUCAAAAGCUACAGCAUGCCAAGGAGAUUCUGAGCAAUGAAGACAGCCGGGCUCGUUAUGAUUACUGGCGGAGAAGCAAAAUUGUGAUCCCGUUCCAGCAGUGGGAAGCGCUGAACAACUCCAUCAAAACGUCAAUGCACUGGGCUGUCAAAGGCAAAAAAGAGCCAAUGUUAGAAGCCCCAGAUUUAAAUCUCAAUCACAAGAAGACAAGUGAGUGUCUCCAGGAAGUGGAAAAUAACAAUGGUGGGUUACUGGAAGACCAGAGUGGGCCAGGAGGUUAUGAGCCCUCUAAUGGAAAGUUGCUGUCGCCAAAAAGCCCUGAUUUCCCAGGAUUCUCAGAUUCAAAUGGCUGGCACUUGCGUUUUCGUUGGUCUGGUGACACCCCAUCUGAACUUCUGCGGAAGUUCAGGAACUAUGAAAUAUGAAGCAGAAGACCAAAUAUGUGUGGAAGAACCUAAUAUUCACGAGUUCAGUAUUUUUGUGUAUGUGUGCAUUUGACUCAUAAAGAAUUGCCUGUUGUGUCCGCGUAUCUAUGGACAUUGUCAAAUGAUGUGACUCUGUAACAUUGCUGUCAGUAUUUCCCAUACAAAAAUGCUGUAUUUUUUUAAAAUGGUGGGUAGGAAUUUUGCUAUAAGUAAUAUAUCAAUUAUUUGCUAUAUUUGCUAUAAAUUAUUUGCUAUAAGUAAUAUAUCAAUUUUUUGCUUAUUUGCUAUAAGUAAUAUAUCAAUUGCAGCUAGUCUCUUUUCCCAGAGUUCUGUCUUAAUGUAUAUGUGAUUAUUGAACAGUUGGGAAAAGCACCUGUGGCCUUUACCUUCGCGGCUUUCUAGCUUUAUUUCCUGUUAUGUCUGUCUGUGAUGUUCAGUUCUCCAUCUUGAAAACUCUACCACAGUGAAAUCCUGGACAGAGUCGCUCCAGUGUAUAGAAAUCAGUGGGUUUAGAUUGGACUAACUGCAUGGGACUUCAUUGACAGAUGUCUCCUUUUGUCUGAUAUAACUCCUCAUAUACUUAUGGGCUAUCUGUGAUACCUGCUACCUCUUUCCUUCAGCUCCUCUUCAAAACUAUCUUUUCUGGCAAGCCUUGGCCCUAACCGCUCAUCCAUAUGGCCAACUGAAACAAAGUCUAAAUGGGUUGGAUCUAACCAGCUUUUCUGGAAGGAGCGGUUCCUUUUUGUCCAUCAAAAAAGGCUGUGCUUGAGUUUAUGGGACUUAUAUGGACAAAUGCCAGUGGGCAUGGGGGUUGUAGUCCUUGGGAAGGAGUUGGGUGAGGUCUAAAACUGGGUGGCUGGAUCCAACCCUGUGUCUGUAACCAUUAUAUUCAGCCUUCUGUAAUUUUGCUUUCUAGUUUUUUUCCUUUUCCUUUGCUUUAUUUUGUUCAUUCCUCUACUUCCAAAACAUAAGAGUGUAAAUUCACUGAGUUGAGGGCCAGUUUUGGGGUAGGGGCUUUUUGAUACUGUGUAAGUGCCAUUUACAUGGGUGGUCUUAUUUAUAUAAAUAUGUUUUUAGAGUAUUACUAAUACAACAUUGUAACCUGUUGCCAAGAGUGCAAGAACGUAUAGAUGUAUUAAUCUUCCCACAAAGAUCAAUAAUACAAGCAACAAUGUGUAUUUCUCAAUAAGAAGUUCCAGUCAUGUUUUUCUAUUAUGUAAUCUUCUGUGGUGUGUAGUCUUCUGUUGCUUACUGUCAGUAACACAGUUCAACUGUUUAACUAGCAGCACAACUGCCUGCUCAGUCUGAAUCUUGAGGGGUUGGAUGGAAAGAACUACAGUGUCUUGGUUGAUUUGUUUUAUUUCCUUUUGACGCUUAACAAUUAAUAUUGCCAGCAGCCAGAAAUGGCAAUUGAAGCACUUGAUGAACAUAGAAGAGGAAAAGGUGGUAUCAACAGAUGGCUUGAAUUGUAAACACUUCAGUCAACACCACCAGUGUUAUCCUUGGCGUACUAUGUGUUCAUAGAGCAGGUUGUACCAAGUUCUUAAUGACAUGCAUCUCUCUGGAUGACAAGCCAAGAUGUUAGGUAGAGAGGCGGCUUGCACGCAGCUUUCACAGCCACAGGUUUUAGCUACAAAUGCUGUGUAAUCCUGUUUCUGAUGCAAAUGAACAACCACAGUUCUGUUUUCAGAACUGUGCCUGUGAAAUAAAAUUGCAGAUAUUCUUCUGAAUUUCUUAGAAGCUGUAAGCUUUUUUUAUUUCUUUCUUUAAUAUUAUUCCAAAUAAGAUGCAGAAACUGACCAAGAGAUACUGGAUUAAUAAAAUCAUAUUUCAUCAAGUUAAAACCAA